CAGACUAUUAGUAGAAAGGAUAUUACACACUUGUUUAGUUCCAUAUCAAAGUCCUCUUGAAGAAAGAGUUAAAAAGUUAUAUCAACUCUUUGUAAUGGUUGAUGAUUAUGCAGCAAAAGCUUUUAAUGAAUUAUUAAAGUCACAAAAUAUGGUGAGAAAUCAAGUUAGAAAUAUAUUAGACAUGUUAACAACACCUAAAAGUGAAGAAAGAGAUAAAAUUAUUGUAACUAAAGUAUUAGGAUUAUCUAAAAAUCUUUUGGAACCAAUCAAAGCUCAAGAAUAUAUUCUGAAAUUUUGCAAUUUGUUAGAAAAUAAUUCUCGAGUAAGAUCACAUAUGGAUGCAAUUUUUAGGGGAUGUGUAUCUUGCAGUGAUGCAGAAUAUAGUGUGAAAGAAGUUUUGAAAAGUCUUGGGCUUCCUGUUCAUACAAAUAGUUUUUAUAUGACUAUAAAGCAUCUUCUUGAAAGAGUUGCCCCUGUUAUGGUUGACAGAGAUGGAAUAAAAAUGUUGCUGCGCUAUGUAAAAGAUUCACUUGUGGGUAUUGGAGAAAUUGAUGCCGAACUUGGACUUAUUAGUUCUGCUGUAAAAGGUCUUCAGUUAUUAUUGAUACUGUCAGGAGUUUUUCCAGAAACAUUCCAUGGUGAAGAAGUCUAUGAAGAAUUAAUGAACUUUUUACGAUCUGAAGAUGAAACAGCAGCUGACCUUACUUUACAGAUUUUCACCAAUAUUGGUUCAGAAAUUGAAAAUAAUCAUCCAAAUUUCUCAGCACGUUUAUUGCCUUUAUUACAAAACUUUGCUGAAAAUGGUACUGUGAAACAAGCAAAACAUGCUGUUGCAUGUUUAAAUGUUGUAACAUCCAAUAAAGAACGUGUAUUUGGUCAUGUUAUUGAUCAUUUAAAACAGCAUUUGUCUCUUGACUCUCAGUUCUUUCGCACAGCAGUUGUAUCCAUAGGCCAUAUUGCAUAUUAUUGUCCUGAUUUAUUUGGUUUACAGAUAAAAAGUAUUGUUUCAAAAAUUAUUGUAAAAGAUCUUUUAAUGGCAGAUCAGGAAGAACCUAGAAGUAGUGAAUCAAAUUGGGGCUCACAUGAUUUCCUACCAGAAGAAACAAAAGUAAAGAUUGAAGGAAUGAAACUGAUAGUACGCUGGUUAUUGGGAUUAAAAACUGCCACUCAUUCUGCAAUGUCUACGUUACGUCUUUUAAGUACUGUUAUUAAUCAUAAUGGAGAUCUUAUGGAAAAGGAACAUGUUUCUCCAAUGGAAAAAUCAUGGUUACGACUAACAGCAGCUGCUUGCAUGUUAAAAUUAUGUCAAGAACCAAGUUAUGCUGAAACAAUAACUUUAGAACAAUUUUUGGUUUUAGCAGCAGUUUUAAAUGAUGAAUGUCGUCAAGUUAGAGAAAAGUUUGCCCAGAAGCUGCAUAAGGGAUUGGUAUCAUUGAAAUUGCCUUUAGAUUUUGUAGCAAUAUUUGCUCUUGGUGGGAAUGAAAAAUCACGAGAAUUAAGAGCUCAAUUAAAACAGUACCUUUUAGCAAAUAUUACAAAAAGACGAGAAUAUUUAAAGCAACAUCCUAUUACCACAGACAAAAUGCUUACUCUUCUUCCUGAUUAUGUAUUACCAUAUGCAAUACAUAUGCUUGCUCAUGAUCCUUCUUUUAAAAAGUUUGAUGAUGUACCUGUUCUUUUAAAAUUAAAAGAGUAAGUUUUAUUUCU